AUGUCGUCGCGCGAAAGCUUCUUCCAACGGCCUUUGGUGGCUAACAGCUUGAAUACUUGGAAAGAACAAGGACUAUUCAGCCUGUUGACAUUAUAUGUUGCUGUGAUCAUAUCGCUUUCAUACCUUACAUCCCUUGUUGUAUAUCGAUUGGUGUUUUCUCCUAUAUCACGAAUCCCAGGACCAAAAUUGGCGGCUGUCACCUAUUGGUAUGAAAUUUACUAUGAUGUCUUCUUGGGUGGCCAAUACUACCGAAAGAUCGGCCAAAUGCAUGAAAAAUACGGCCCAAUCGUUCGGAUCAACCCCCAUGAGGUCCACUUCAACGACCCGGAAUUCAUCGAUUCCAUUUUCCCGGGACCAGGGAGAAAGACCAACAAGUAUUAUUUCACAGGAAGACGAACCGGAACUGCGGAGUCGAUUGUUGCUACAAUUGACCAUGAUAUUCAUCGCAGACGACGGAAUGCAAUUAGCGGUUUCUUCUCCACUGCCAGCAUUCGCCGCUUAGAGCCGAUUAUUCAGAAUCACUUGACCAAGUUCCUUUCGAGAUUGGAAGAUGCAGGAAAUACUGGCGAGAUUUUACCCCUACACUACGUCUUCCGGGCUUUCACAAGCGACUUGAUUACGGAAUACGCCUUUGGCGACUCCUUCCACUUUCUCGACAAGAAGGAUUUCGCCAUGUCAUACAUGCUGUCCACGGACGUUUUCUUCAUCCUCAAUCAUACCUUUUGUCACUUCCCUUGGGUGGGCACCCUGCUUGCCUUGGCGCCACCAUGGGCCGUGAAGACCUUCAUUCCCUCAUUGACGGAAAUGUGGGAUAAGCAGAUGAUGUGGAUUGAAAAAGUCGAGGAAAUUAGAAACUCCAAAAGCCCCGACAGUGUCAAGAAUACCAUCUUUGAAGGUAUCUUGAACAGCAAGCUUCCCGAGGAGGAAAAGACUAUUGCAAGGCUAGCGCACGAGGCUCAGCUAGUUGUAUUUGCGGGUGAGGGAACCACCGCAUACACCUUGCAAGCCGCCAUCUACCAACUUCUUUCAGAGCCUUCCAUCUUCGAAAAGGUGAAGGAGGAGGUUACAGCUGCCCUUCCUCAUGCGGAUGAGGUGCCGUCUUUCUCCCAAGUGGAGAAACUGCCAUAUCUAAGCGCUUUCAUCCAAGAGACAGUUCGUGUUUACCCUGGUGUUGUCUCCCGUCUACCUCGGGUCUCGCCGGAUGUGCCAAUUGUCUACCAAGACAAGCGUAGGGGCACGGAAUACGUAAUCCCCCCAGGCACAUCAACCAACAUGACCACUCAGAUAGCGCACAUGAACCCGGACGCUUUUGAAGAGCCCUACGAGUUCCGUCCGCAAAGGUGGAUCGAUAACCCCAGGCUUGAUAAAGCAUUUAUCGGAUUUGCCAGAGGAACCAGAAACUGCAUUGGAAUGAAUUUUGCACGCCAAGAAAUGUCCAUGGUACUUGCUUCCAUUGUCCGCAAAUAUGACAUUUACCGUGGACAAGAGGGUCCUACUUUGGAGUUGUACGAAACAACUAGAGAGAGAGACAUCGACAUCAACCAGGAUUACAUUAUUCCAUUCCCAUCCAAGGGUAGCCAUGGCUUACGUGUUAGAGUGCGGAACUAA